ACGCGGGCUGGGUGGAGCGUCCACACACGAGGGAGGUAGAGUGAGCGCUGAGCGCGGGAGGUCGCUGCAGCCAGGGACGCCGCGCCGCUGCCCAACAUGGUCGCUGCGCACGCUGCCCAUUCUUCCUCCUCGGCCGAAUGGAUCGCCUGCUUGGAUAAAAGACCAUUGGAACGAUCUAGUGAAGAUGUGGACAUAAUUUUCACACGGCUGAAAGAAGUUAAAGCUUUUGAGAAAUUUCACCCAAACCUUCUUCAUCAGAUUUGUUUAUGUGGUUACUAUGAGAAUCUGGAAAAAGGAAUAACAUUAUUUCGUCAAGGUGACAUUGGAACAAACUGGUAUGCUGUCCUGGCAGGGUCUUUGGAUGUUAAAGUAUCUGAGACCAGUAGUCACCAGGAUGCAGUGACCAUCUGUACUCUGGGAAUUGGAACGGCCUUUGGAGAGUCCAUUCUGGACAACACACCCCGCCAUGCGACCAUCGUUACCAGGGAGAGCAGUGAGCUGCUCCGCAUCGAGCAGAAGGACUUCAAGGCUCUAUGGGAGAAAUACCGGCAGUACAUGGCAGGACUUCUGGCUCCUCCUUAUGGUGUUAUGGAAACGGGCUCUAACAAUGACAGGAUUCCUGACAAGGAGAACACACCUCUCAUUGAACCUCACGUUCCUCUUCGUCCUGCUCACACCAUUACCAAGGUCCCUUCAGAAAAGAUCCUCAGAGCUGGAAAAAUUUUACGAAAUGCCAUUCUUUCUCGAGCACCUCACAUGAUAAGAGAUAGAAAAUACCACCUGAAGACAUACAGACAAUGCUGUGUGGGAACUGAGCUGGUGGACUGGAUGCUGCAACAGACCCCGUGUGUUCACUCCCGAACUCAAGCUGUCGGCAUGUGGCAAGUUCUGGUGGAAGACGGUGUCCUCAACCACGUGGACCAGGAGCAUCAUUUCCAGGACAAGUAUUUAUUCUAUCGGUUUCUGGAUGAUGAGCACGAGGAUGCUCCCUUGCCCACAGAGGAGGAGAAGAAAGAGUGUGAGGAGGAGUUCCAGGACACCAUGCUGCUGCUGUCACAGUUGGGCCCCGAUGCCCACAUGAGGAUGAUCCUCCGCAAAUCACCUGGCCAGAGGACUAUGGAUGACCUAGAGAUUAUCUAUGAGGAGCUCCUUCACAUUAAAGCCUUAUCCCAUCUUUCUACCACCGUGAAACGGGAGUUAGCAGGUGUUCUCAUUUUUGAGUCUCAUGCCAAAGGAGGCACUGUCUUGUUUAACCAGGGAGAAGAAGGUACCUCCUGGUACAUUAUUCUAAAAGGAUCAGUGAAUGUAGUCAUUUAUGGCAAGGGUGUGGUCUGCACCCUGCACGAAGGAGAUGAUUUUGGCAAGUUGGCACUAGUGAACGAUGCCCCCAGAGCCGCCUCGAUCGUCUUGCGAGAAGAUAAUUGCCAUUUCUUAAGAGUAGACAAGGAGGACUUCAACCGGAUACUGCGGGACGUUGAGGCGAAUACAGUCAGACUUAAAGAACAUGACCAAGAUGUCUUGGUGCUGGAGAAGGUCCCAGCAGGGAACAGGGCUUCUAAUCAAGGAAACUCACAGCCUCAGCAAAAGUAUACUGUCAUGUCGGGAACACCUGAAAAAAUUUUAGAGCAUUUUCUAGAAACUAUACGCCUUGAGCCAGCUUUAAAUGAAGCAACAGAUUCAGUUUUAAAUGACUUUGUUAUGAUGCACUGUGUUUUUAUGCCAAAUACCCAGCUUUGCCCAGCCCUGGUGGCCCAUUACCAUGCACAGCCUUCACAAGGCACAGAACAGGAGAAAAUGGAUUAUGCCCUCAACAACAAGAGGCGAGUCGUCCGCCUGGUUUUGCAGUGGGCCGCCAUGUAUGGAGACCUCCUGCAAGAGGACGACGUGGCUAUGGCUUUUCUGGAGGAGUUUUAUGUGUCUGUGUCAGAUGACGCCCGGAUGAUUGCAGCCCUCAAGGAGCAACUGCCCGAGUUAGAGAAGAUCGUCAAGCAAAUUUCAGAAGAUGCAAAGAAUCCACAAAAGAAGCACAAAGUUCUUUUGCAACAGUUCAACACAGGCGAUGAGAGAGCCCAGAAGCGCCAGCCUAUCCGUGGCUCUGAUGAAGUUCUGUUUAAGGUCUAUUGCAUGGACCACACCUACACAACCAUUCGGGUGCCAGUGGCCGCCUCGGUGAAGGAAGUCAUCGGCGCAGUUGCGGACAAACUGGGCUCUGGGGAAGGCCUGAUCAUAGUCAAGAUGAGUUCUGGAGGAGAAAAGGUGGUGCUCAAACCUAAUGAUGUUUCAGUAUUUACGACGCUCACCAUUAAUGGACGCCUGUUUGCUUGCCCGCGAGAGCAAUUCGAUUCACUGACUCCCUUGCCAGAACAGGAAGGCCCAACUGUUGGAACAGUGGGAACUUUUGAACUGAUGAGCUCGAAAGAUUUAGCAUACCAGAUGACAAUUUAUGAUUGGGAACUCUUCAACUGUGUGCAUGAGCUGGAGCUAAUCUAUCACACAUUUGGAAGGCAUAAUUUUAAAAAGACCACAGCAAACUUGGAUUUGUUCCUGAGGAGAUUUAAUGAAAUUCAGUUUUGGGUUGCCACUGAGAUUUGCCUUUGUUCCCAGCCCAACAAGCGUGUUCAGCUCUUAAAAAAAUUCAUUAAGAUAGCAGCACACUGUAAGGAGUACAAAAACCUGAAUUCCUUUUUUGCCAUCGUCAUGGGACUAAGCAACGUCGCUGUGAGCCGCUUGGCACUAACGUGGGAGAAACUGCCAAGCAAGUUCAAGAAGUUCUAUGCGGAGUUUGAAAGUUUAAUGGAUCCUUCAAGAAACCACAGGGCCUACAGGCUGACAGUAGCUAAGCUGGAGCCUCCUCUCAUCCCCUUCAUGCCUUUGCUCAUCAAAGAUAUGACAUUUACUCAUGAGGGGAACAAGACGUUCACUGACAAUCUAGUAAACUUUGAAAAAAUGCGCAUGAUUGCAAAUACUGCCAGAACAGUGAGAUACUGCAGAAGCCAACCUUUCAAUCUUGAUGCAGCUCAAGCUAAUAAGAACCAUCAGGAUGUCCGGAGUUAUGUACGGCAAUUAAAUGUGAUUGACAACCAGAGAACUUUAUCACAGUUGUCACACCGUUUAGAGCCUCGUCGACCAUAGACAUUUAAAGUGCCCAGAACGAUGGUUUGCCUUCAGUCCACAAUCUUUCAAAAAUGACAUUUAUGCUUCUACUGACUGUAUUGUCACUAGAAAAUUCUACAAAACAAGCAAAAACACAUUGGGGCUGCAUUCAGCUUACCAGCGUCAUGACAAGAGAAGAAAUUAUUUGUUUGCAUAAAGCUUGCACUCUCUAGCUUAGGAGUCCCCAGUUAGUAGUCACCCAACUUCCUUUCCGAUUGUGCCAUCUUCUUUGCUGAAACAUAAAAUAAGACCCACAUGAAGAGUUUGGUAGAAAUACCAUCGUCAAGAGAAAUAUCAAGGCCCUGACAUUUUUUCUAAGAAUGUUUACAGGGUGAGAUAUGCUACAUAAAAAUGGGAUUUAUUUGAAUACAUCAGUGGUCAUAUAGUUUCAUAAUUUUUAACUUAACAUCUUGAUUUGGAGCAUGAGGUUUUUGGAAGGUGUUGAGUAAUUAGUAUCAAUCCACAUUAUAGGUUGUAUUCUUCCAUCUUUAGAGUCUUACCUCUGAAGGAAUUGAACCUGACCAUAUUAUUAUAAAACAUUAUGACUCUUUAUGUAAUUUAGGGAGGACCAGUCUACAAUUUCUGAAUGAUAUAUAGAAUAAUAUUUAUGUUUACAAUGUAACUUUUUUAAACUAACAAAUCAGGAUUACAUAUACAAGAAUUCCACUAAGAAACUCCAAGGUUCUUAAAAUUGCCAGCAUUAAGAUUAAAAAAAAAAAAUUCAGAUGAGCACAAUAUGCACAGAACAUUUUUCAAAAUUAAAUAUUUUCCUGGGCAUUAAACACCUUUACUAUUGGCUAAUUAUUGUUACUGAUUAAAAAAAAUAUUUUCUGGACUUAAAUUUAUUACAAAUAUCUUAAUUUUCAGCAAUUGUUUUGCACUUUCAGAUAGAGUGUAAAUAGUUCAUUCAAUCAAUGGUAUAGAGUUAUUUAUUUGCUACAUAAUAGAUAUUGUGCCAAAUAAUUACUUUUUAUUUAUUUUAUUUAGUAUGUAAUUUUGGGUACAUUUUUUCC